GCCCUUCGGUCUCACGAACGCACCCGCCAUCUCAUGGACAAAGUCCUCCGUGAACAGAUUGGCCGGUUCAUGGUGGUCUACCUCGAUGACAUUCUAAUCUCCGGCAAGUCCAUGGAGAAACACCUCAAGCACCUUGAGGAAGUGCUGACUAUCCUCAAGAAGACGCAACUCCAUCUCAACUUAGAUAAAUCUGAGUUUGGGAAGUAUAGUGUCAUCUAUCUUGGGCACCGGUUGUCUGUUGCAGGCCUAGAGCCUGAAGCAAGCAAGGUGGAGGUCAUACGCAACUGGCCUCAGGCCGUGAACAUUCGCAAACUGCGUUCUUUUCUUGGUCUCGCGUCAUACUAUCGGAAGUUUGUGCCCCGCUUCUCCAUUGUUGCGCGUCCAUUGUCUCAACUAACAAGUAAGAAUGUUCCCUACUCUUGGGACACCGCGUGCACGAACGCCUUUCAAGCCUUGAAGGACGCCUUGGUAAGUUACCCGGUACUCCGCAUUGCAGAUCCCAAACUGACGUUCGUAGUUACUACGGAUGCAAGUCAGUAUGGAAUCGGCGCAGUGCUGCAACAAGAUGACGGCGAUGGCUUGCGGCCACUCGAGUACUACAGCAAACGCAUGCCCAGCGUAAAGGUAGCCACUUCCACCUACAUGCACGAGCUUUAUGCUUUGCGUAUGGCGUUGGACCACUGGAAACACUAUCAUUUGGGGCGCCACUUCAAAAUCUUCUCAGAUCAUGAGACUCUGAAGUGGAUCAAACAGCAAACUACCUUGUCCCCUACCUUGCUUCGCUGGUUCCAUGAGAUUGACAUUUUCGAUUUUGAGUUAAGACACAAAAAGGGUUGUUAUAAUCGAAUCGCUGACGCAUUGUCUCGCCACCCUGAGUACAUGACUUGCCUUGUCAAAUCCUACGACCUCCGGAAGAAACUGGAGGAGGAGCUUGUAGAACACACCGCCAAGGAUCCGGAGCUGAGUUCCAUCCUUGAGCCGCUACGGGCUGACCCUAGCAGUCAGCCUGAUUUUCACGAGUAUGGAGGACUGAGUUUCCGUCGCUACGGGAACCACGACCGUUUGUGUGUGCCCAACCAUGAGCCUCUCCGCACGCACUUUCUGGAUUUGGCUCAUGGCCGGAGCGGACACUUCGGUAUGGCAAAAACGUAUGCAAAUUUGCUGAGACAGUUCGACUGGUCUGGCAUGAAAGGGACUGCUGAAAAGUUUGUGGCUGAAUGUCAAGUCUGUCAAUGAAUCAAACCAUGCAGACAAAAGUCGAUGGGGCUACUCACACCCCUACCCAUUCCCGAUGGUCCCGGGGAG